AUGCCUCCGGAGAAAAGGAAUAAAUUUUUAGACGCAGACGAGAGUGACGACGACGAUAGCCAGGGCUAUAACUCCGAGGCGGAAGAACUACAGAAAGGUGGUCGAAUCGCAAAGCGUCGCAAACUAAGCGACGAUGCAGCCAGUGACGAUGAUAAUGACGAAGUCAGCGCGGGAGAGGAAUCCGAGCAUGAAGAUACCAUAAACAAUGAUAAUCCGCAACGAGAAACUUCAGAUCUAAAAACAGACGAAGACAAGUUAAAAUCCAAGCUAGACGCCCUGCCAGAAUUACCAGAUGUUUCGCGUCCCUUGACCAAAAAGAACCUGGUAGCUACGGAAAAAGCCGUAAAGAAAUCCGGCCUCAUCUAUCUCUCGCGCGUGCCGCCCUUCAUGAAGCCCGCCAAGCUACGAUCGCUACUAGAGCCGUACGGCAAGAUCAACAGGAUAUUCCUCACCCCCGAGGACCCGCAAGAGCGCUCUCGACGAGUCCGACAGGGCGGAAAUAAAAAACACAUGUACACGGACGGCUGGGUAGAAUUCGCGGGAAGAAGAACACACUACUACCGCGACGACAUCUGGAGCCUGCUUUAUCUCAAGGGUUUCAAGUGGCACAACCUCACCGAGCAGAUCAACUCGGAAAUGGCAGAGCGGACAAGCAGGAUGAGGGCGGAAAUCAGCAAGUCGACUAAGGAGAACAAGGAGUUCGUGCGGAACAUCGAGAGAGCCAAGAUGCUGGAAGGCAUGCAGACUAAAGCGGCAGCGAAGCGCAGUAGGGAAGAGAAAGACAAUUCUACAACAGCAAGUAAAUCGGAGGAUAAGAGUAUACGGACGUUCAAGCAAGCUUCUGUGGCGAAGAAGGGGGUAGACCUGGCUCCUGAUGAGGCUAAACGAGUGCUGAGCAAACUUUUUUGA